CUGUUGACUUGGAUGCAUUAAUACGUCAUUGUAAUUCUUCGCAAACGUACAUCCUCCAUGCUUUCUUUUACGUUUUGCUUUUAGUAUCUUCAUUAUUUGUUGUCAUUUCAAUUUGCUUUAGGACUUGAAUUCAUUGUAAUGUAACUCAUCUGCUGGAAUAUUUUUGAUGCCAAAGUGGACAUGGUUGAACAUUUGGUUACUGAGUCCUGUAGAAGCCAAUCUCUGAAGCUUACUGGUUUCUCAGGGACAUCUGUGCCAUCAAGGUGUUUGUGGGGAUGGCUCAAUUCGGUUUUCAAUAGGGUUGAUGAGGAACGUCUGAAGCAAGUAGGCCCUGACCGAGCAUGUGCAGAGUGGGUGUUAAGGUGUGGCGGGAGUGUCAAGUGGGUGGGUUUGAAUCACUGGGAGAAAGACUACAACACACUCCCAGCCAGUGGAUUUGACAAGUACAAGGUCGAGGAGAUUGAUGGCACAACGUCUGCUGUCAUGAGCCUAGGAUUCCCACACCUGAGUGGUCUGACACAUGUGAAGAAGAUUGUCCUCCAUGACUGUCGCUAUCUUGAUGACGAUGCCCUGAAUUACCUCCCUCAAGUGAAGGCCACCCUUCAACAUCUGCAGAUCAGCUCUUGUGGCGACAUCACAGACAGAGGAUUAUCCCCCUUGUCUGAACUUGUAAACCUCGAAAGUUGAUUCUUCGACCUGCCGGAAGUGAGGAAUAAGUCUGCAGUUUUAGAACGUCUGAGAUGAUCACUUACCAAAUGUGAAAUAGAUUAUAACGAAGAAGUGCAGAAGGAGUCCUGAGCCAAGAAGUUCAACUUACAUGUCAGCUUUAAUAGUAAUUUAUAAUUUUUGUAAUUCUUAUUUGUGUGAUUAAUAAUUAUGUUUGUGAUGACUUUUCAAGUCUCUUUUAUGUAAUUUACAGACAAAGUCAAGUGAAUUCAUUGUGUCACAUAUCAUUGUGACCUUAAGAUUAAGGAUCAAAUUGAUUCUUCUUUUGACAGAAGGAAACUGUUACACAUUUUGUACUUGUCCAUCAAUAAACUGUUUAUAUGAAAA